AUGUCCGACUCUGCGGUGCCAGGAUUCAUCAAUUAUCCAACUCCCAGAUCGCUUGAAGUUCCGUACAAAGCUCCCCCACCUCCCUCCAACCCCGUCAUCAGAGGCCUCCCACUAUACUACGGCGCUUCAAUAGUCGCCGCACUACCAUCCCUCCAAACCUACCUCUGGAACAAUGCAGGCUUCUCCGUCCUUCGCGGGCUCCGAGAGCUCAACGACGUCGAAAACCGCUACGAUCCCACCGUAAUCCCGCUCAAACAACCUACCGACGAAGCUCCUCAUACCUAUACAAACCCUCAAAACCUCCGAGUUCUGCCCCAAGACGUGGCCUUCCGCUUCUACUCCGUCGCCGACUUCCACAACGCGUACAAGUCCGGCAAGCUGACGCCCACGGAUGUCGUCGAGUCGCUGCUUCCGCUGAUACGGCGGGAUGCGCAAACGCCUACGAAACACUCGACCGCUUUUUUGGAGACGAGGGUCGAUAUUGUGACAAAAGCUGCUGAGGCGGCGACGACGCGGUGGAAGGAGGGGAGGCCGUUGGGGGUGCUGGAUGGGGUGCCGGUGGCUGUGAAGGAUGAGAUGGAUUUGAAGGGGUACAAGAGGUGUAAUGGCACGCUGAGGGAUUAUACGAGCAAGAGGGAUGCGACGAGCUGGUGUGUGGUGAAACUGGAGGAGGAGGGAGCCGUGGUGCUGGGGAAGUUGAAUAUGCAUGAGUUAGGGAUGGACACCACCAACAACAAUCCAAAUCACGGCACGCCCUUGAAUCCAUACAAUGAGAAUUACUACACCGGUGGCUCUUCAGGAGGAGCCGCAUACGCUGUCGGUGCUGGACUAAUACCAUUCGCAAUUGGAACGGACGGUGGAGGCUCCAUUCGCAUACCCUCAAGCUUUUGCGGUGUAUACGGACUCAAGCCCUCACACGGACGAGUUUCCUCCAGCCCUUCACCCUCAAUUGCAAACACAACAGUCGUCCUAGGCCCUUUGGCUGGUAACAUGGCUGAUCUCGAAGUUUCAUAUCAAGUCAUGGCAAACCCCAAUCCUGCCAAUCCCUCCUCUUCUGUAUUUUCGCCACCAAAAGCACACUCCAACAAACGGAAGAAGUUACUAGGCAUCUACAAAACCUGGUUCAACCGCGCAGACCCUCUAGUGCGCGCCGCCUGCGAAAAAGCCCUCGACUACUUCACAAGCAAGCUCGGCUACGAAAUCGUAGACAUCACCCUCCCCUUCAUCCACGAAGGCCAGCUCGCCCACGCCAUGACCAUUCUCGCAGAAGUUGCCGUUACCGUGCCUGAUGUCACGGGCCUGACAGCCGCGAAUAAGGUCCUCAUCAAGGUCGGCUCAAAGACGCCAACGCCAGACUUCCUGCUCGCGCAGAAAUUGCGGACGGUGAUUAUGGAGCAUCUCGCGUACCUCUUCCAAAAGCACCCUGGCCUUAUUAUCGUGACGCCCACGAGCCCGAUACCGGGCUGGCAUAUCUCGGGCGGUAAAGCGGAUCUGAAAUACGGCUGCAGCGACGGCAAUAUGACCGUAAGGAAUAUGGAAUAUGUGUGGCUCGCCAAUUUCACGGGGAUUCCGUGCAUUCAGUUCCCGGUUGGGUAUGUAGAUUCCGUAGCAGGCACGGGGAAGAUCCCCAUCGGCCUCUCUGGAAACGGGGAGUGGGGCAGUGAAGAUGCGCUGAUCGAGUUCGGGUAUGAUGGGGAGGCGUGGGUGAAUUCGGGGCUGGAGGGCGGGAGGAGGAAGCCGGAGACUUGGGUUGAUGUGUUGAAGUUGAAGGAGGAGCCAGGCGUGAUGUGAGGUGGUGGCUGUGUUCUUGAGGCUGGUUAUUUCUCUGUUCCCGUUCAGCGCUUGGAGUGCUGGGAGAUGUAUUGCGGGUUUUUAACUAGCUUUAAUUGCCGUAGGUUAUUGUCAUAAUUGUUCAAUAGCCGCAAGGUAUUCACUCGAUCGUCUAGGCUUACGAUCGUGAUAUUUUCCGUGGACGUUAAUGUUGGAAAAGGUUACGGAUCUAACCGCGUAAGAGGAUUUUUAGCAGAUAUAGAAGGCACAAGGAGGGGUAUACUGUAUUAUCGUAGUGUGGUCCCUUUAUUUAGAAGAAGUCACAAAUCUAACCAC